AAAGCGAAUCGCAUUCGUGACACCGGUGUCGAUCAGUGAACGUCGUCAACGUUCGUGUUCAAGAACGGUUCACGUUGUAAUGUAUGUUAUUUCAAAUAUAAGUCGAUCGCGAACGCGCAAUUCGGCAGGAACGAAUUAUUGCGUGUUUUUUCGAUAUUUUAACGAUCACGGAGUUGAAACAAGAAUGUCAUACAAAGAGUGGGUUAGUGAACGUUAGAUACGAGGACAUUUGUGUCGAAUCACGACAGACAAUUCCCGAAAGCGAGAAAGCGGUGAAUUAUCCUGGCGCCAAAUCACGAAGGGGAGAAGAAAGAAUCAGCCGGAUGAUAAAAAAGAAAGCUCGUCUAGUAAUUGGAUAAAGGAAGCCCCAUUGCUUUAUGCCAAUCUGCUUUCUGUGUCAGCAACUAUACUGGUGAAAUUCUCUGUCGCACGAGAAGACUCACGGCCGUUGAGAUAACUAUAUCCGUUCAGCAAUUCCUAAGAGACAUGAAGGAACACUCAGCCUCGUCUCGAUUUGAAAAUAGGGAUGUGCCUCAAAGAUCGCAAAGCAGUGCAGCCAGUCUGAUGUCCUUAGGUGCUGAUAUAUCUCCCAGUUCUUCUCAUUUUUUCGAGGUGCUUUAUGUGGGAAAAAUCAAAGUAUCACAUCCAAAGGUAUCGGAGACUUUUAUAGAUGAUGCAUUAGUAAGAUUUCGUGUUCACGGUCUUGAGAAAUCGAGAUCAUCGGCGAAUAAUUUUCUCGCCGAAUAUCAGCGACAAUCACUUUUAACGUCUUCCAAUAAUAGAAGAAAUAGCACGGAAUCCAGUGCUAGCGAAACUGGAAGUAUUGAAAAUGUUUCUGGAAGUGGUAUCAUACCUGUGGUUAACUCACUUGGUGUACCAUCAACACUCACUGGAUCUGUGGAAACGUUUCCAAAACCGCAAAACGCUAAUUUCUCAGAAAAAGAUGAAGAGAAUCGAGAUAUUACAAACAAUAAUUCUAUGCAAGUACCGGAAGUUAUGCGAAAUCGAGCGUCCUCCACGGGUAGCGUAUUGAAUACUAGGAGAGAUUCCAUUGCACGAGGGAGUGAUGAACAUAAUCGCACGAUGCUCUUCCAGGUAGGCCGACAUGAUUUAAGAUUAAUCAGUCCAGAUAGAAAACAGGUACUGCUUCAUAAACAACUCAGAGAUGUGGCAAGUUGUGUACAAGGCAUUAAAAAUCCAGAGCAUUUUGGUUUUAUUUGCAAAGAGAAUAAUAUGGAUUUUUUCAUUGGCUAUAUAUUUAAGUGUCAAUCGGAAUCCGUUGCAGAUGAUCUUGUGGCUGCAAUAUCACAAGCGUUUGUUGGGACAUGCGAAGUUCCAAGAAAAGAACGAUAUUCCGUGUUUUCAUGCGAACACUGCCCCAUGUAUUGGUAUAGCAAGUUAUGCCAGGAAAUCGAAGGACAAAAUGACAGGAGGACUCAGAAUAUAAUUUUUUCGCGGAUGGAAAUGCUACCAGAAGAUGAACAAGAAAUUGUCGUUAGCAAAUAUAAAAACGCCGAAGCUGCUGGCGGCACAGGAACAACUUUACGCGAACAAAAUCAAUUUUUAAUAAGGCUUUUACGAGUCCAUUGCGAAGCAAAACAAGCUAGACAUGUUCAUGAUACAGCUGAGAAUAGGAGUGAAUUUCUUAAUCAGUACUUAAGCGUAGGCGUUGGGAGCACAAUAUUUAAAAAAGCAAAACGUUCGCUUACAAAUAGUUUUGAUAAUCUCAUGAAGAGAAAGGGUUCGCGGGACGACCUUGGAAUUGGUUCGCAUCUGAGAGAUCUGAGCCAUCUUAAUACUGUGAUACAUAAAAGCGGUAGCCAAAGCCCUGAUAAUUCACGACAGUCGUCUAUAAUUGAUACUUCACCGGAUUCUAGUAGACCCAGAUCUUUAAGGGUUUCACCUGAACAACAAUUGACUGUGAAUACUGGACCAAAGAGUUCUAUGAUGGACAUAUUUUUAAAAGUGGGAAAUUCACCAAAAAUGUCUCCAACAGAGACAGAUGGAAACAACUCAGUACAGUCAAAUAGCUCAUGGAGACAAGCUAUAUUGAAUCGAGUUGUAACUCCUAAUAAAGAUCAUGAAAAAGAAAAUGAUAAAACAGAAAAUAUUGGUAUUAAAGUACCUCAGACACCGCCAAUACGUAAAACGAAACAAGAAUUAAGAGAUCUUUGGAAAAAAGCUAUCAAUCAACAAUUAAUACUUAUAAGAAUGGAGAAGGAAAAUGCAAGACUUAGAGUUCGUCAAGAAGAAGCGACUGUUAAAAGAAUAAAAUUGGAAUAUGACGAGCUUAGUAGUUGCGUUCGUGAAUUAGUAGAAGUAUGGGAUCUUCUUGUAAGCAAAGAAUCAAGAGUUUCUACGAAAUGUGAUAAUCAAAUGCUUUUACAAGCUAUUAAGCAAGGUGUACCAAAAGGGAAAAGAGGAGAAGUAUGGCAAUUUUUGGCCGAGCAAUUUUGUUUGAAGCAACCACCUAUAGAUACACGUGAUUUUCCUAAUUAUAACACACCAUAUGAUUUACUUUUGAAACAACUUACGUCCCAACAACAUGCAAUUUUAAUAGAUUUAGGACGAACAUUUCCAAAUCAUCCAUAUUUCAGUUCUCCUUUGGGUCCUGGACAAUUAGCUUUAUUUAAUUUAUUAAAAGCUUAUUCACUUUUAGAUCAUGAGGUUGGUUAUUGCCAAGGUCUUAGUUUUGUAGCUGGUGUUCUUCUUUUACAUAUGUCAGAAGAUCAGGCAUUUUUUCUCUUGCGACAUUUAAUGUUUCGAAGGGGCUUAAGGAAAUUAUAUCUUCCUGACAUGGCAGCAUUACAAUUGUACCUGUAUCAAUUAUCCAGAUUAUUACAUGAUAGGUUAGCACCAAUUUAUAAUCAUUUUGAUAAACAUGAAGUUUCACCUACCUUAUAUGCUGCACCAUGGUUGUUAACUUUAUUUGCCAGUCAAUUUCCACUUGGUUUCGUAACUAGAGUUUUUGAUUUACUUUUCUUAGAAAGCACUGAAGUACUUUUUCGAGUAUCGAUGGCAUUAUUGCAGGAACAUCAGGAUCAAUUAUUAAAGUGUGAUAGUUUUGAAGAAAUUAUGGAAUAUCUCAAAACACGUGUAUCAGCUGUAGAUAAAGAGAUUCUAGAUCGAGUUAUGAAACGUGUAUUUUAUCCAGAUCAAGAGAUUACAAAACAAUUAAACGAGUAUAGAGUAGAGUAUCAAGUAUUGCAGGAAGAAAUGAUGUCGGUAAAACCGCAAAUCGAAAGUUUAGAGAAAUUCAAGUUACUUAAUAAGCAACUUACACAAGAAGUCACACAACUUAAUGAACAACUUGAAAUGACUAUGAGUAACUUACAUCGUUUGGAAACAGCACGAUCUGUACAACAAUCCACUUUGCUUAAACUAGAAUCUCAAAAUCGUAGUCUAGAAGUGACUGUUGCCACGUUAGGUGCGUUUAUUCAACAAUUAUCUGAAACUCGAUCAGAUAUCGAAUUUCCCGGUGAGAUUCGUCGAAUAAUCGCUCAGUUAAGUUUAGCUGAGAAACGAAGAAGUACAAUCGGUAGAUCAUAUCCUCUAAAAGUAAUCGAGGAUAAUAAUAAAAUUGGAAUGAUUAAAAGUAACUCCACAGGUAGAGAAUCUCACAAUUUCUUAAAAAAUAAUGUAAUGGAUACUCCUUAUCCUUUAAAGUCUACAUUAAGUCAACCAAACUUGGCUACAAAACUUGAAAGAGUUUCUUCAUUCUUCUCGAAUUCGCAUAAUCAUAUUCAGAAACAACGAGCACAAUUGGCUGCUCUUAGAAACGAAUAUGCGAACGAGCAAAAUGUUAGAAAUGAUGAAAAUGAUCCGAAAACGGUAAAUAUAGAUAUUCAAAUCACAGAUACAGUAAAUUCAGUUGAAGAGCAAAAUAUCGUGCAGAAUGAUAAUAAUUUGAAAAUUCAAGAAGUCAACUUGGAGAAGUCAGUUUCGUUACCAUUAAACACAAAAAUGAAAUUGAAGUCAUCAAAGUCAGCAUACGAAUUAGGAUCUGUUAAAAAAGUACCAAUUACUAAAUUGGAAGUUACUACUGAUGAUGAUGUAACGAAUUUAACAGGAACAAUACAUCCUUUAGAUACUUGUAGUGAUGUGAAUUUCAGAUAUGGUGGUACAACGAAAUUAAAAUCAAUCAAACCAGCAAGACUUUCAAGUCCAAGUAAUCAAGAAGAAGGCAUAAACAAGAAUGUUCAGAAUCAGAAUAUGGAAACAUUAAAUAGAUAACAAUUGCUAAUGAUAUUGCGCUCAAAAAAGAUACCUUGGAAGAUAACUAACUUAAGAAAAAUCUAUCCAAAAAAUUAAAUAUUAACUUGUAUUGUAUCAUAAUUUAUAUUUUACUUUUACUCUACAUUUCACAUGCAUUAUUUUCUCUUAUAUACAAAUAGUUUUUGAUACAAUAAUGAUCAAGUUUCAUUUCUUAAGAAAAAUAUUGUCUAUAAAAAAUAGAUUGUCAAAUAUGCUAAGACUUGCAUUCUCUUUAUAUAAUACUUAUAUCAGUGAUUUAAUACUAUGUGAUAGAGAAUG